AUGAAAUUUCUAAAAAAGGCGGAUUUCUUUGGAGUACCAUUUGUAUAAAAUAUCGAUCACCAAUAAACAAAAUUUCAAAGUGUAACUGGAGGAAUAUUAACAAUUGCAAUCUUUGUAUUAAGUUUAUCCUAUACAUUUUGGGUUGCUUACCUCUGGAAAACAAAUUAAAUGAACCCAAAAAUAUCUCAUGAGCAUUAUGUGUCAGACUAUUCUCUGCUCGACUUGAGUGAAGAUAUUAUGAUAAUAAAAUUGAUCCAUUUGCAAAUAAUAUUUUAUUGCCAUUAGUGGUUUACGCUAAAAACAAUACAUUGA